GUACGGGCGGGCGGCCGGCAGCGCCGAGGGAGUGAGUCACCUGACCGCCGCUUGCAGCCUGCAGUCGGGCCGCGCCGCGCCUCGGCUCCGGUCAGUGACAGUUAGAAGCAUGCUUUCCACUGCUCUCCCUGAUCCCGUCUGCCACCCAGGAUGUCUGUGAGUGAGAGCGCAGUGUUUGCCUAUGAGUCCUCCGUGCACAGCACCAACGUCUUGCUCAGCCUCAAUGACCAGCGGAAGAAGGACGUGCUGUGCGAUGUCACUGUCGUGGUGGAGGGCCAGCGGUUCCGAGCCCACCGCUCGGUGCUGGCUGCGUGCAGCAGCUACUUCCACUCGAGAAUCGUAGGCCAAACUGAUGCUGAGCUCACCAUCACACUGCCUGAAGAGGUGACAGUUAAAGGAUUUGAACCUUUGAUUCAGUUUGCCUACACUGCCAAGCUCAUCCUAAGCAAAGACAACGUGGAGGAGGUGUGCAGGUGUGCGGAGUUCCUGAGCGUGCACAAUAUCGAGGAGUCCUGCUUUCAGUUUCUCAAGUUUAAGUUUCUGGACUCCACCGUGGAGCAGCAAGGAUGUGCAAGGAAAAAAUGCUUCUCCCCCCACUGUCAGAAAGCAGACUUUAAAAUCUCACUUUCAGACCAGAAAGAUCUAGAACUCAUUGAAGCAGAGGAGUACUUGGAAAAGAGAAGUACUCAGGCCCCUCCGUGUGACCCGCAGAGGUGUCAGGGCGAUGUGAAAGCGCUGUCCUCUCUCCAGGACAGCGCCAGUCAGACGUGCCAGGCCAUGUGCUUGGAGAAGGAUGGAGCCGUGGCAUUGCCAUCUUUGUGUCCCAAGUACAGAAAAUUCCAGAAAGCGUUUGGAACUGACAAGAUCCGUACUCUAGAAUGUGGCAUCAAAGAUGUCCAUGCUGCUUCUGUCCAACCGAACGAGACGUCUGAACUCGAGUGUUUGGGGGGAGCACAAGGCUGUGCAGAUUUACAAGUGAUUUUAAAAUGUGAAGGAGCGAAGCCAGCCAUGGAGAGUGAGGAGGCAAAGCGCAGAGACCCCACCCCUCAGUGCCCCGUGGCGCAGACAGAAGCAGCUUCUUUCCCUCACAGUUCUGCAGACCCUCACGGGCUAUAUUCCCUGCCACUCUUACACGCAUAUGACCAGUCGGGUGACUUGGGCUUUGCUGGGGUGCAAAGCAAAACAGUGAAAGCAGAGAAACCUUUAUCAGCUCCAGAUGCACAGGAAGAGAAACCGUUCAGUGAAAAUCAGGAUUUAUACCUGAAAUCUGAGACGGGCCCCAAAGAAGACAGCAGCAGCCUUGCUUCUGGUGAUCGGAGUAGCGUGGAGAGGGAGGUGGCAGAGCACCUGGCCAAAGGCUUCUGGAGUGACAUUUGCAGCACGGACUCGACUUGCCAAAUGCAGUUGUCACCUGCUGCGGCCAAAGAGGGCUCAGAACAGGGCUUCUCGCAAAGGCGGUCCGAGUGUCCCUGGUUGGGUAUCAGGAUCAGCGAGAGCCCAGAGCCAGGCCAGCGGACUUUCACAACUCUCAGCUCUGUCAGCUGCCCCUUUAUAAGUACUCUGAGUUCCGAAGGCUGCUCGAGCAACUUGGAAAUCGGAAACUACGAUUACGUGGCGGAGCCUCCGCAGGAGCCUUGUCCGUACGCUUGCGUGAUCAGCCUGGGCGAUGACUCUGAGACCGACACAGAAGGUGACAGUGAGUCCUGUUCUGCCAGGGAGCAGGAAUGUGAGGUAAAACUGCCAUUUAAUGCUCAGCGAAUAAUCUCGCUCUCGCGGAAUGACUUCCAGUCCCUGUUGAAGAUGCACAAACUGACCCCAGAGCAGCUGGACUGUAUCCAUGACAUCCGCAGGAGGAGUAAGAACAGAAUUGCUGCGCAGCGCUGUCGCAAGAGGAAAUUGGACUGUAUUCAGAACCUUGAAUCAGAAAUCGAGAAGCUGCAAAGUGAAAAGGAGAGCCUGCUGAAGGAACGAGAUCUCAUCUUGUCAACACUGGGUGAAACAAAGCAGAACCUGACGGGACUUUGCCAGCAAGUGUGCAAGGAAGCUGCUCUGAGUCAGGAGCAGAUUCAGAUCCUCGCCAAGUACUCGGCCUCAGACUGCCCGCUUUCUUUUCUAAUUUCGGAGAAAGGAAAAAGUACUGAUGGUGAACUUGCUUUUCCUUCAGUUUUCAGUGUGUGUGAUGGGCCACCCCCCUGUGGACCAGGGAGCAGCAAGGCAGGCCAGGAACCGGGGAAAGAGUCCCAGAAAACCGCGCCAACCACCGCAGCCGCCCUGGAGCAGGCCACACUGUUGGAACCCUGUCGGCAGAGUGGCGGGAUCUCAGACUUCUGCCAGCAGAUGACUGACAAGUGCACUACUGAUGAGUGAACCGCGAGCGUCCUCCAGCCGUGGAUUUCCUACUGAAGUUUUGGCAUUGUCUUGAGAGCCGCGCAUGGCCGUGUCUUCUUGCUUUCAGUAGCCUUGUUUCCCCCGGUAGCUUUCUGGAGAGGGAAUUGAAUUUCUCAUUUAACGUGACCCUGAGUUCUCCUUGGUUUUCACAGGAGACAUGACAUGAUUUACCUCUUGGAUGCUGAAAAACCACAUGUGAAAAUGUAAAGUAAUAAUCUCCCAGUGUUCAAAAUAACUAAGACAGUGAAAACCGCAGGGUCCGCUUCAACAGCUGGCAGCAUCUGCACCCAGUCCUCCUGGCCUGUGGAAGCUCAGUAAUCUACCUUUUGACAGAAUACUGAUCAGAAAGGAAAUUCUCCCCAAGCAGUGCGGUGGCGAUCUACCCAGAAGGGGCGGAUCUACCCAGAAGGGGCGGAUCUACCCAGAAGGGGCGUGUCAGCGUGGGAGUGUUUGCGUAGAGCUGUCACGUGGAAAAGGAAUCAUCUUCAAACUCUAGCGCUCCUACCAAAGUCCAGCCCAGACUGGACCUGGUGACCUGAGGCUGCCCCGGCAGGACUUAGUGAAGGGCCACAGCGGCCUGAGCUGGAGGCCUCCCCUCCUCAGUGUUGACUAGAGUUUCUGGCUGCACCAACAGUAGACAGUUGUCAUUUCCCCUGCUCUCUCCUUUGAUCCCGUCUGCAGUUCCUGCUAUGUCUAGGCCAGUCACGGACUUCCUGUUCCCUUCUUGUCUCUUGGAGGAAGAAAUGGGAGUUAGGCUGAGUGUUCACAAGCUGGACAGAACCACAGUUGCCACGGAUCUGGAGACCACACUACAUGAGGCCAUUCAUCGUCUCAUUGCCGGUCACCGAUGCCCAAGAGGGCACUGGGAUUGGGGGGGUAUCUACAUUGACCAGAGGUGCAGCUCGUUAGCACCCUAGGAAAGAGCUGCGAUCUGUAAAAAGCUCUGUUGGAGCAAGCGUGGAUCCACAGCUCUGCUGGCGUUUGAAACCAUAAAAUUUGUGCUCAGUCCAUUACAUGCUUGCACUUGAGAAGCAGAUUGAACCCUGUUAUUCCUCCCCCACCCCCGAUUUGGUAUGAUGUAAAGGCACGUGCAUCACUUUGACUUGGACAUGGACAAGUCAAUCUUGUGCUUAUUUUAAUGUUGGUAGAAAAUGAAUUUAUAGUAAUCUGAGCAUCUAUCUACUCCAUAACAUUUUGCAGUGAUUCUUGGUUGUUCUGGAAUCUCACACUAUAGACCUCAGCAGUAGAAACAAAGCAUCGUAUAUACAAGUUCAAUAUCUCUAUUCAAGGAAUGUGAAAUGCCUUAAAAUUGGAAACGUUCUGAGUACCUAGCUGAUAGCAGAUGUGGGAUAUUCCAGUCCUGAGUUCAUGAGGUGGGCCACAGGCAAAAGAGGAUAUUCAAAAUCUUCUGAGAGCUUCUUUAGGAUACAUGUGUAAGGUACAUGGGAACUUCAUUAAGACUUUGGGGGAGGGUCUUAUCUUCAAGCUAACUGUAGAAGCUUCUACAUUCUGUAGAAGUGGAUAUUUGACAAAUGGGGAAAAUCUGAAGUGUGAGGCACCUGUGGUCUCAAACACCUGUGAUAAGGGGGUCUCUCAGGACGCUCCCGGGAGUGUUUGUAGAGUUGUGCUUAAAGGAGCAGUCAGUAGGAUGCCAUCUCUCCAAGUCCGGUAGCUGGAGGAGACACUCAUCCUCACUACGUGCUGCGUCCAGUGAGGGCCUAGAGAGGGAAAGAGAGGGCGAGAGCACGCCCGAGAGCCACCUGAGUGCGGUAUCAGGUCGGUAGGUACCUAGCUGGUGCUUGCCGUGAGGAGGUACGGGACCAGCCUCAGUAUGAUUUGUUGUCAUGAUGCCCUUCUCUCCUGGGUGCAGGGAGGGAGGAAGGAUAGUGUGUAUUUUAUCUUUGGAAGAGAAAAUGAAAUUGGAAUUAUCUUCUAGAAACUUUGAAUAGUCCCCUCAGUUUGUCUGGGAGAGAACGCUCACAGUGAUGAAGCAUCCCAUGUGACAAAGAGCUGUGUAUAUAUGUAUAUGUCCCCACGCAGCUGUCUGAUACUUGUAAUUUUAGAUUUCAACAACGUAAAAUAAUAAGAAAACAUCUCUGGUUUACAAAGUGUAAAAUCUACAAGCCAAUGGAGUCCUUGAUUUCCUACCUCACUGUACACUCGACUGUCUGCCAUCAGUGUGCACACGUCCAAUUUUUUUUUUGCUUUAAAUGUAACUGUAAAUAUUUGCUUUGGAAAGUUACUUAGCAUUUUAUGAUAAGACCCAGUUCUCUCUUCAAGGUAAAGAUACUUUUUAAGACACUUCCUUUAAAUUUCUUUCUACCUUUGAACAGUUUAGCAUUAAGGGUUAAUUUUAAUGGUGUUUGGUAAUUGGCCAAGUGUAAUAGUUCUUAAAAUUUAGCAUUACUCUUAACAGCCAGCAUAUAAUACAAGUAACUACACUACCUCAUUCCUGUGUGAUUUUCGAGUUGUAUUGGAUGGAGAGGAAAGAUUUUACCUUUGUCUUUGGCCAUGACGUGGGUAAGUUGUCUGUAUAUUGCAUAGCAUUACACAUUUAUGCCUAUUUUAACGUGAACUUUUAAAGACUUUUUUUUUUCUAAGAAAAUUUGUUUUAGGGCAAUAUUUUUUUUGGGGGGGGAUGCCGAAGACAAAUGAUAGGAUCAUAUGUGUACACGUAUGCGUUUUCCUUCAUGCAGAGUAUUGAUGAUGUUUUUCAUUUGUUAUUUGCAUAUUCCUGCAAUCAUUGCUCCUCGUUGUAUGAUCCAGCCUUCUCAGUGCCUGGUGAUGUUUUUUAAGUUGUCAUGUCUGACUCAGUACAAUUAUGUCCUCUUAAAUUUUUGCCCCUUAUUUGAAUCCUAUAGCUGCAAGCACAUAAUUUGUUAAUUCUUAUGUUCAGAAUAAAAAUGGAUAUAACUUUGGUUGUCCACCUGCAAGCAUUAUAACAAUUUACUGUAGCUUGAUGCUUAGCCAAUUUUAAGUUAGGAAUUCAACAUAAAUAAUGUGAGGAUAGUGGAGAUGGCAUGAGGACAUGCAUCCACGUUAACAACUUGGGAAAAAAGAGAUGCAAACGGCGAUGUCACAGUGAAUUCUCAGGUGAACCUUUCGGUUACAAAAACAUCUAUUUUGAAUUUGUAAAUAUUUUAACUGUUUUAUUAAAGCAUGUACUAAACUAUUCCUUGACACCUGUUCAGUAGAAUGAAAAUUUAAAGCCAUAAUGGUAAAAGAUGGCAUACUGAUUGUAAAAUAAACAAAUAAUAAUAUUGAUUUUUUGUAUCUUUCAUAAUAUAAUUUUUCUAACUGCAAUAAAACCACUGAACUUAUAUAUUCAUGUCCUAUUAAGCCCAUGUUUCAUUAGAAGUACACUUUAUAAUAUUUCAUUUACAUUUUCUUCCUAAUAGGCUUGUUUAUGUGUCAGAUAUAAGUAGUAGAUGCUGAUGGUG